GUCUUCCAGAACUAGGGGUCGUAUAAGAGAUAUAUCACUCACAUUCUACAAGUACAAGUUGAAGCAAAUGCAAAAUUAGACCUACCAUGGCGGGGUCCUCACCGGGCCCCGAGGAGCAGGAGGGGGGUUUCCUCCCCGGAAGACGAAUGGGACGAGCAGCUUCGAUGAAGGGGCGACGCCGCUCGUCAAUUCUGCAACACUUCUGCCAGAUCCAGGUAGCUCUUUCCGCCUUACUCCAAGAGAAUGCGGAAAACGAAGAAGGAUCACAGGAGUCUGCACCUAGUACAUCACCAUUAAAAACAAUUAAGGCUAGAAGAAAUCCAUCCUCACAGGCAUCUUCUUGGUCCCGUUUCUCAAGGGAAAAAAGACGGAAGAUGCCGCUGAAGAUGGAUUUCUUCCAGCUCUAAGACAACUACAUCCUCGUCCUCCCUCUCUUGCGACGAUGCAGUUCCCUAUUAAGGCUGUACCUAGUACAUCUUUGGACGUAUCCUUGGAACUACGUAUGGAGGAGUAUCCUAAGGGAAUACUCCCCCAUACUUUUCAAGGAUGCACUUGAAAAAUGAAUUACGGACAGCUCUAACCCUAUACUCUGUCUUUUGGUGCUGCGUGCGACGCAGAGUGUGCUACAGCAGUCGUCCGGGACAGCUUCCAGUACCAAGAUCCCUGCAUUACUCAGACUUUUCGGACUGGAACUGUAGUGGUAGCUCCUCAAGAAACAGGGGAGACCCAAAAGCAGAAAGAGAAAACGACUGGAGCUGGAGCUUCUUCUAGUCUCUCAGUAGUACGAAAAAGUGCUGUGACGACCACGUCGAGGUCGAUUCUGUUGGAGUCCUCUGAUAAAAAUACACGACAAAAACCAGGCUCGUCUAGCAGUUCAGACGAAUCUACUUCAUCUCCUUCUACCUCCUCUAGCAGUUCUUCAGACGAAUCUUCAUCUCCUUCUUUAUCUCCUUCAUCUGCAUCUCCCUCUACCUCAAGAACUACAGCAUCUUCAUCCUUCUCGGUGGUUGAUUUUCGUAGUCGUCUUCCAAUGGGUGAAGUGCUGUUCUCGUUCUUAACCAACGUUGAUCCUUCCGACAGGACUGUAGCAGUAUUUGCGCGGUUACCGUCACACACCAAGCAAGUGAAGGACGCUUUGAAGCUGCUAAAAGUGGUGCUGAGGGCUAAGGUUAUGGCUGCUCAAGCAUGUCUUUAACAUCAUAAAUAUGUUUUGCUUGUUGCUUAACAUCAUAGAUAGUCCUUGGAUCUUGAAAGCAUGUCCUUUGAUUUAGAUAGUAGGAUCUUCUUUGGAUGUUCUUUUUCUACUUGUGAAAAAGAGAUGAUCCCCAUCAAGGACAUGGUGCCUCUCAAGGAUAAUGCUCCUAGGUCGGAGGUAGCUCUAAGAAGGCCGCAAACGAGUCUAGGACUAGUACAACUGCUUCAACCAAAGAAGAGGUUGAUGUUCCUGUGAAAAUCCGAGUCGACUCUGGUCUGUCGGUUUAUCCACCAACCACACGAUUCAUUGGACCAGACACAAACAGCACAUCAACAUCAUCAGGUUCUUCAAGUGCUGCCUUGUUGAAUGAAGCUUCAAAUACUCAAAGGUCAGCCUCUGAGCAAUUGCAGCUAUUAAGGCUACCGCUGGAGCAUCCUCAACACCAUCCUUAGCCCUUUUUUCAAGGGGAAGAAGGGCCGAGGGAGGCUCUCAGGGAUGCACGUCGGUACCUCUAAAGCGAGUAGAUCUGCAGGAGGAACGAGGACGGCGGUUGAGAGAGGUAUGGCCCGAGGAGCGGCUUCUUGCUUUGCGCGGGAUUUUAGGCAUAAGAAGCGCUCCGUUUCUUAAGGGUCUAGGUUAAAAAGGCUUUUAUUGUUACCGUUUGUUAUGGCUCUCUCCCUUAGGUGCUGGGGACAGCCAUAACAAGCGGGAGAAACGAACACCAACAACCUACCUCUAAAUUUCCUUGGAUACGAGUGUUCAAGAAUGAAACUAGUCCUGACGAUAACAACAAUGUGGAGGUAGAGCAGAUGGAGAUGAAGAUGAACAGCAAGCCUGCAAAUGUGUUUUUCUUGGAGACUGAAACAGGAGAAGACCAAGAAGUAGAACAAGGACCACGCGAUGAGGAAGAUGAACUGGAGGUACUAGUUGAGGAACAGAGCGAGGACGGUACUAGUAGAUCACCUCUAGUACUACCUCUUGCUCCUCUAGAGCACUCGGACUCGCACGACGACCCACUGGCAGCACUCCUCGAAGUAGAAGAAAAAUGCGAUGAAUCAAAUACAAAUUCAUCAAAAAACGAGCAGCACAAGCGUCAACAACCACGUCGAAAUCUCGCGAUGCUUCUUUCGAUUAGUCGCAGUCGAGCGACUUCUACAGGAUCAAGCAUUUCUUCGUCUGAGAGGAGUUCUUCUCAAAUGAGGAGGACAAGAAAAGGGCAACCAAUGGCCACUGCAAUCGGAAACGAUCCCACAGACGAUGUUGGGGAUCCUGAGCUGCGGAACGUACAGCAAGAAGCUGCGGCUGGGCUCCUUGUUCCUUCGUCAGCUGGAGGUACUUAGAUGAAUACCCGACAGCUGAAGAUGGAAAAACUCAGAUUCUAUCUAGUAUGAGAGGCUUUUGAGUGCUGAGAGAAGGUCAGGGUAGAGUAGAAUUCGAUGAAUCUUUCGAACAAGUACAUGAUCAUUAUUGAGGUCGUAAUAAUAUUAGAACAUGAUCAUCAAGGAAGAGACAACAAGUACAUGAUCAUCUUCACCUGGUGUUGCAUGCACCUCCACCACUUGAAAACCUCCACACAACAUCUCCAGGUGGUGCCAAAAAUAACACCUCCGACGAUGCGAGACGCCGUGAAGCUUCUUUCAUCGUACCCCUUGCGAUGGGAGUGGUUGUCCUUUUGGAGCUUUUGCUGUUGCUGUUCUGCACAUCCGAUUCUCCUCCAGAUUAUUACCAUGCCCGGCAUGGGUCGACGUCGUAUAUGGGAUCAUCUUCAGCAUACUAUCGCCGACAUGGGGAAAACGACGUUGUUUGGCCAUGGCAGUAUCUGACGCAUUUCAUUGGUGGAGGAGCCCGAAAUCGAGGACGAUACGGGGACUUAGGCACGUCGUCGGAGGAAUACUUUAUGGAGGUGGGGGUGAUAGACUUAGACAGCACGAUGUACUGCAAACUAGUCUAUAAAUUUUCUUUGGCCCGAGUGCUAGUCUAUUAUAAACUGUAUGUGGGGGACGCUACUUGUUUACUAGCAAGAUCUUCAGGAUAGUACAAGUACUAUGUGGAUCUGGAUGAAGUAGCCGGCUUACUAAGAUCAUUCAUGAAUUUGAAGCUUCAUCUUUAGCUACUUGUACUUGAUGAAGUCCAACAUCAUAGACUCUAAUUUUUUUGAACACAGACCUGGUGCUCCGGCGUCGGCCGAAAGGAGGGCACUAACGGCCACUGAACGUGCCGUACAGAUUAAGGCUAGUUUUUCACUAUCCCGUUGAGUGAUGAAGUCCAACUUAGCCUUAAUUUACAGAGGAAUACAAAAUUCAAUGGGGAAACUAAGGGGCAACCAACUCACUCAACCAGGGAUAAUGGAAAAAUAGCUUUAAACAGGGGCUAAGAAGGACGCACUACCUGAACCAGGUUGGGAUGAGUCGUAGUGACAUGAGAAGGAUAACGUAUGCGCAGUUGAUGCGCCAUCGGCAACCGGAUCUUUCGGGAAGAAUUAUGAUUUUAACAUGUUCUGAAAGUGAAAAGCUAUAAUAUGGAUUCUGGCUCCUUCGUGUUCUGAAUAAGUACAGUGAAAAGUUGUUUUUUUAAGGAAGAUGCUUGUGAAGAUUUUUGCAUCUAUAAUCUUCGUUCUUUCUCCUCCCUCGACGUUUUAAUCACUCCAACCGGCAUCUCUCAAUGCCCUCUUGUUCUAAAUGCAGCAGUCAAGACUCUACCGGUCUGGGUUCUUCGAGUUCGUGCGCCGACCGUGGCCCUCCAUCCUCAGCCGACUUUCAAGAUGGAGAUCUCGGAAUGAGCGCUGCCGAGGAACAGGAGGCGGCUCUGAUGAAGAGCGCGACUACGACUAGUUGUAAUAAGAAGAUGAAUAAUUGUAAUGGUAAAAAUUCUGAGAUGAACAAAGUAGAGAAAGACCAUUUACAUUUUCAGCACGACAAGGAACAACAUGAACAUGAGGAAACAUCCGAGUUGUUGAGCGCUGGUCGUGUCCAGCUGCCAUAUUCAACUACUUCUGAGAGCAGUGGCGAACGAGUUGCAUCUUCAGGACAAGCACUGCCAAGGGAACAAAGCAUUUCAACAACGUCAACAUCUGCUACAACGAGUGGCGAUGUACCGCAAGAAGCUACAACUUCCACGGCGACUACUUCUACGGGAGCUGCGAAUACGACAACUACAGCCAUCAAUCAACAGAAAAUGCUGUUUUACAACUCAAGUAAGAGCGAACAAGUCGAAGACGCUGAGAAUAAAUCUUCAGAGGAACAAGAACAGCAUAUUGUAUGGCAAAAAACGGGAAGUAGCAUGUACUCUAAGAACAAGGCGACCACAACCAGGAGCUGUAGAGCGGCGCCAGUGACUCGAAAAAGAUCACGACGAGAAGGUACAACUAGUUCUUUAGAAGUAGACAUCAAGCAGACAGUUGUCCUCACCGGAUUGAUGAAGUUGAAGAAGACGCAAGUAGGAGGUACACAAGCUGCACAACGAUUUUUUCGGAACUCUUCAUCAUCCCAAGACGAGCAAGAGGAACUACUGUCAGAAGAAGUCAUGUUGGACUUCUUACCCAGUCAGGAAGACGUACAGCAAGUACUUUGUUGUAAUAGUACCAUGCUGGCGACCGCCGACUAAGAGCGAACAUUCUCCCAAAAGAGGAACCUUCUGGAUCCAGCUAAAUCCAUCAGCAGAACCCGAAUUAGCUGGCUCUGUUGGCCAUUUUCGGGCUCUUUUAGCCGAGUUAGCUGGUUCUGUUGAUGGAUUUAGCUGAAUCUUGAAGACUCCGCUUUUGGGUGGGUGUUCGUUCAUACCACCGACGACGCUUCGGGACUUCCCUUCAUGUCGCCUAUGGAGGGACACUAUGGAGGGACAUUCUCUACACCUAAUGACAGUUUCAUCACUACUACGGGCGAGCCGAAUACCGACUGAAGAAGCAGAAGACGACUGAGUGAAGGUGUUGUAAUCAAAUGUACAGGAUAGUACGAUAGUCAAUGACGUACAACUCUUGCAUGCAAAGGGUUGCUAGCCGCGGCAGCAGUGAGCAGGAUGCACUCAGUGUAGCAUAGAUAACCACAUAAUCUUGAUGUAACGCAUUCUUUUGGAAAUUCAAUGUACUUCAUCAUGCACCAUUAGCAUCUAUAUUCAAGAAUGAAAGCUACUUCAUCCAUCGAAUCGCUUGUGCAUGUACUUGUAUCAUUCAACGUCUUCAUCAUUAUCGCGUCACCAUCACCAAGUCCCCAUACCCGUUUUAUAAGGUACUAUCGUGUUCAUGAGACGAAUAAAAAGCAUGGUCGCGGCAGCACCGUAGUGCCAAUCUUGUUUUAGUCUUUUUCCGUAUCAACCAGGAAGACAU